AGGCCUGCCUCAGUUACCCGCCCCCGCCCGCAGGCUGGCACCGCCGCCAUGAUGUGCGAGGUGAUGCCCACCAUCAGCGAGGAUGGCCGGCGGGGCUCGGCGCUGGGCCCGGACGAGGCGGGUGGCGAACUGGAGCGCCUCAUGGUCACGAUGCUCACGGAGCGCGAGCGGCUGCUGGAGACGCUGCGCGAGGCGCAGGACGGGUUGGCGACGGCGCAGCUGCGGCUGCGCGAGCUGGGCCACGAGAAAGACUCGCUGCAGCGCCAGCUCAGCAUCGCGCUGCCCCAGGAGUUUGCAGCCCUGACGAAGGAACUGAAUCUAUGUCGGGAGCAGCUGUUGGAGCGGGAGGAGGAAAUAGCGGAGUUGAAGGCGGAGCGGAACAACACGCGGCUUCUCCUGGAACACCUGGAGUGCCUGGUGUCCAGGCACGAGAGGUCUCUGCGCAUGACCGUGGUGAAGCGCCAGGCCCAGUCCCCAGGGGGGGUCUCCUCGGAGGUGGAGGUGCUGAAGGCACUGAAAUCCCUCUUUGAGCACCACAAAGCCCUGGAUGAGAAGGUCCGCGAGCGGCUGCGGAUGGCGCUGGAGCGGGUGGCAGUGCUGGAGGAAGAGUUGGAGCUGAGCAAUCAAGAGACUUUGAAUCUUCGAGAGCAGAUGUCUAGGCGACGCUCCGGCCUGGAGGAGCCAGGCAAGGAUGGAGAUGGGCAGGCCCUUGCCAAUGGCCUGGGUCCCGGAGGGGACUCGAACCGGCGGACGGCCGAGCUGGAGGAGGCCCUGGAGCGGCAGCGAGCGGAGGUGUGCCAGCUGCGGGAGCGCCUGGCGGUAUUGUGCCGCCAGAUGAGCCAGCUGGAGGAGGAGCUGGGCACCGCCCACCGCGAGCUGGGUAAGGCCGAGGAAGCUAGCACCAAGCUGCAGCGAGACCUCAAGGAGGCGCUGGCACAGCGCGAGGAUAUGGAAGAGCGAAUCACGACGCUGGAGAAGCGCUACCUGAGUGCCCAGCGGGAGGCCACGUCUCUGCACGACGCAAACGACAAGCUGGAGAAUGAGCUGGCCAGCAAGGAGUCGCUGUACCGGCAGAGUGAGGAAAAGAGCCGUCAGCUGGCCGAGUGGCUGGAUGACGCCAAGCAGAAGUUACAGCAGACGCUGCAGAAAGCGGAGACCUUGCCCGAGAUAGAGGCGCAGCUGGCGCAGCGCGUGGCGGCGCUCAACAAGGCCGAGGAGCGCCAUGGGAAUUUUGAGGAGCGGCUCCGGCAGCUGGAGGCCCAGUUGGAGGAGAAAAAUCAGGAGCUGCAGCGGGCGCGGCAGCGGGAGAAGAUGAACGACGAUCACAACAAGCGGCUGUCGGAGACGGUGGACAAGCUGCUGAGCGAAUCCAACGAGCGCUUGCAGCUCCACCUCAAGGAACGCAUGGGGGCUCUAGAGGAGAAGAAUUCCCUGAGUGAAGAGAUCGCCAACAUGAAGAAACUUCAGGAUGAGCUGUUGCUGAACAAGGAGCAGCUCCUGGCAGAGAUGGAGAGGAUGCAGAUGGAGAUCGACCAGUUGAGAGGGAGACCCCCAUCCUCUUAUUCUAGGUCUCUCCCUGGCAGUGCUUUGGAACUCCGUUAUUCCCAGGCACCCACAUUGCCUUCUGGUGCUCACCUGGACCCCUACGGGGCUGGCAGUGGCCGGGCAGGCAAGAGAGGCCGUUGGUCAGGGGUCAAGGACGAGUCCUCCAAGGAGUGGGAACGAUCUACCCCUGCCGGGUCCAUGCCACCGCCAUUCCCUGGAGAGCUGGAUGGCUCCGACGAGGAGGAAGCGGAAGGGAUGUUUGGGGCUGAGCUGCUGUCCCCCAGUGGGCAGGCUGACGUGCAGACAUUGGCCAUCAUGCUUCAGGAGCAGCUGGAAGCUAUCAACAAGGAGAUCAAGCUAAUCCAAGAGGAGAAGGAGACAACAGAACAGAGGGCAGAGGAGUUAGAAAGUCGGGUGUCCAGCUCUGGCCUGGACUCCCUGGGUCGCUAUCGAAGCAGCUGCUCCUUACCCCCUUCUCUCACCACCUCUACUCUCGCCAGCCCCUCCCCUCCCAGUUCUGGUCAUUCAACACCCCGUCUGGCUCCCCCUAGCCCUGCCCGUGAGGGCACAGACAAGGCCAAUCAUGUCCCCAAGGAAGAAGCUGGGGCCCCUCGGGGAGAAGGACCAGCCAUCCCGGGAGACACCCCACCUCCCACCCCUCGCUCUGCCCGCCUUGAGAGAAUGACCCAGGCCUUGGCACUACAGGCGGGGUCCCUGGAAGAUGGGGGGACUUCACGGGGCAGUGAGGGUACCCAGGAUUCUCUGCACAAGGCCCCCAAAAAGAAGAGUAUCAAGUCAUCCAUAGGCCGUCUCUUUGGCAAGAAGGAGAAGGGGCGCAUGGGACCACCAGGCCGGGACAGCCCUUCCCUGGCGGGGACACCCUCGGAUGAGACCCUGGCCACUGACCCUCUGGGGCUAGCCAAGCUGACAGGCCCAGGAGACAAGGACCGAAGGAACAAGAGGAAGCAUGAGCUCCUGGAGGAGGCCUGCCGCCAGGGCCUGCCCUUUGCUGCCUGGGAUGGGCCCACUGUAGUCUCCUGGCUGGAGCUGUGGGUCGGCAUGCCCGCGUGGUACGUGGCCGCCUGCCGCGCCAACGUCAAGAGUGGAGCCAUCAUGGCCAACCUGUCGGACACGGAGAUCCAGCGGGAGAUCGGCAUCAGUAACCCCCUGCACCGGCUCAAGCUGCGCCUGGCCAUCCAGGAGAUGGUGUCCCUGACUUCACCCUCGGCCCCCGCCUCCUCCCGCACGUCCACAGGAAACGUGUGGAUGACGCAUGAGGAGAUGGAGUCGCUCACAGCCACCACCAAGCCUGAGACCAAGGAGAUCAGCUGGGAGCAGAUCCUGGCAUAUGGCGACAUGAACCACGAGUGGGUGGGGAACGACUGGCUGCCCAGCCUGGGGCUGCCCCAGUACCGCAGCUACUUCAUGGAGUCGCUGGUGGAUGCCCGGAUGCUAGAUCACCUUAACAAGAAGGAACUCCGGGGCCAACUCAAGAUGGUGGACAGCUUCCACAGGGUGAGUCUACAUUAUGGGAUUAUGUGCCUGAAACGGCUCAACUAUGACCGGAAGGACUUGGAGCGGAGGCGGGAAGAAAGUCAGACCCAGAUCCGAGACGUGAUGGUGUGGUCCAACGAGCGGGUCAUGGGUUGGGUGUCCGGGCUGGGUCUGAAGGAAUUCGCCACCAACCUCACGGAGAGCGGGGUGCACGGGGCGCUGCUCGCCCUGGAUGAGACCUUCGACUACUCGGAUCUGGCCUUGCUCCUGCAAAUCCCCACGCAGAACGCGCAGGCCCGGCAGCUUCUGGAGAAAGAAUUCAGUAACCUCAUCUCCUUGGGCACAGACAGGCGGCUGGACGAGGACAGCGCCAAGUCCUUCAGCCGCUCCCCUUCUUGGCGGAAGAUGUUCCGAGAGAAGGACCUCCGAGGCGUAACCCCCGACUCAGCUGAGAUGUUGCCCCCUAACUUCCGUUCAGCCGCAGCAGGGGCCCUGGGCUCACCGGGGCUCCCUCUCCGCAAGUUGCAGCCAGAAGGUCAGACUUCUGGGAGCUCCCGGGCAGACGGCGUCUCGGUCCGGACAUACUCCUGCUAGUGUAAGCCUCCAGGUGAGGAUUGUACCGGGCUACCGCGUGGGUGCAAGGCGGCACAUUGGAAUCCUUGCCGCUCGACAUGAAUGCAGGUGACCUCACUUGGAUGGAAGAGCCUUCCAGAGUCUGGGCUGUGCCAGCUCAGGCCGGCCGGGUUUGGCUGCACGCACCUCGGAUUGCUGAGAGCCGGCGGGGGAAGCACACGCCUCGGACUGGACCAUCUGUACAGACAAGCGGGGGAUGUGCUUCCCCGCCUCACGAAUGGCCUGGACCAAACCACAUGAACCGGACCGGCGGGGGGCGGGGGGCGCCGGGAGAGGAAAAGGGCAGGAAGAAAUCCAGCCGCACCCUUCCGCCUCCCUUUUCUCUACUUUGUAAUUUAUUGAUCAGUUUCCGACGGGAGACGGGUGCCCUUUCCCUGUGGGAAGGGGGCGGGGCUUCCCUCCGGGGCCGCAUGCGAGGAGAGGCUGCCCCCUCCCCUUUGUCCUCCUCAGUCGCGGGGCCCAAGUCUUCCUUCUGCCUCCGAAAGGAGGGGAGGGUGACUCGCUGCUACAAGCCUCGCCCCCGUACCAUUUGGCCCCACCCCGUGGCUGUUCCCCUGGGUCAGCUGAGUGCGGGGAGGGGGGUGUCCCCCAUCUCCUGCGCCCCCCUUGUCUCGUGUCCCCGGGCCCUGCCCCCGCCCCCGUGCUGUUGCCGUGUUCGUGCCCCGGGGGAAGGGGACGCAGACCUGCGUACCUCCUUCCCCUCUGGCUCCGGGGUUUGCAUGGGAGAAUCCUCUUGCCAAGAUGCCACUGGGCGACGUGGCGUGGGGGGAGGGGGGA